AUGGCAGAGAGAGGAGUGUUUGCUGCAAGGAGACAAGAAGAUACAACCAGAGAAUCAGGCUUCGCCUACACCAACAGCAAUCAUACCAAAGAUCCUUUUGAGGGCCCCAACUACCACAUUGCUCCAAGAUGGGUGUACAAUAUCUCAACCCUCUGGAUGCUCUUUGUGGUCGUCGCCUCAACUUUCACCAACGGCCUGGUACUGGUGGCCACUGCCAAAUUCAAGAAGCUCCAACAUCCUCUCAACUGGAUCCUGGUCAACCUGGCGUUUGCCGACAUUGCGGAGACUCUUUUGGCGAGCACCAUCAGCGUUUGCAACCAGAUGUUUGGCUACUUUAUUCUCGGACACCCAAUGUGUGUCUUUGAGGGAUUCACCGUCGCCACAUGUGGUAUUGCUGGUCUGUGGUCUCUGGCUGUCAUCUCCUGGGAGAGAUGGGUGGUGGUGUGUAAGCCCUUUGGAAAUGUCAAGUUUGAUGCUAAAUGGGCCAUGGGAGGUAUAAUCUUCUCCUGGGUCUGGUCUGCUUUCUGGUGCGCCCCUCCUAUCUUCGGCUGGAGCAGGUACUGGCCUCAUGGACUGAAAACGUCCUGUGGACCUGAUGUGUUCGGAGGCAAUGAGGAUCCUGGAGUCCUGUCAUACAUGAUCGUUCUCAUGAUUACAUGUUGCUUCCUGCCCCUGGGAGUGAUCGUCUUCUGCUACCUGUUUGUGUGGCUGGCCAUCCGUGCCGUUGCCGCGCAGCAGAAAGACUCAGAGUCCACGCAGAAGGCUGAGAAGGAAGUGUCCAGGAUGGUUGUUGUCAUGAUUUUUGCUUACUGUGUAUGCUGGGGACCGUACACAGCCUUUGCCUGCUUUGCUGCGGCGAACCCUGGCUAUGCUUUCCACCCUCUGGCUGCUGCUCUGCCUGCCUACUUUGCCAAAAGCGCCACCAUCUGGAAUCCAGUGAUCUAUGUCUUCAUGAAUAAACAGUUCCGUACGUGCAUCAUGCAGCUCUUUGGCAAGGAAGAAGACGAUGGCUCGGAGGUGUCUACAUCAAAAACAGAAGUUUCCACCGUGUCACCUGCAUAAACCCCCAGACAACGUUGUACCUCUUGGAAACGAAUAAUGAAUGUUCUGAGAUAUUCCACA